AUGAAUAUCGAGGAACGGAAGCUCAUGCAGAAAGCCCAAAAAGCUGGUCAGUUCACUGACUUCGCCUUUCUCUGCAAAGGUAAAAAGAUCCCCGUGCACAAAAUCAUAAUCUGCGCACAAUCCAAGGUUUUCAAUGCCGCUUGCACCAGUGAUUUCAAGGAAGCCAGAUCUGGAGUCUAUGGCUUGAGCGAGUACCCCCUGGAAUUGGUCGAGAUGAUGGUCGACUACUUCUACGUCGGGCACUACGAUAAUCCGAUUAGAGUUGCAUCCAAGCUUUCCCUUUCGAUGCAUUCGUCGAUGCUGGCCUUGGCAGACAAGUAUGACAUCCAAGGCCUUGUAAGGCAGGCCAUCGAUUUGUAUAUCCGCCGACUGAAACAUAAGCAUGUUGAACUGGAAGAUUUUCUCAAUUCACUUCCGGUCCUGCACGAACUGCCCAUAUCGGUUUCCAGGGAUGCUAUCGAUGCAGCCGUCGCCCACACAAGGGAGACAGUGCUGACUUGCAUAUGUAGGAAGGCCACCAAGAGAUUGAUCGACCAGAUAUCUGACGCUAGUCAGGACUUCCUGAAGGAGGUGAUGAUGUCUAUCAUGAGUACCCCUCUGGAGUCAAGAUGUGGCGAUUGCAACCAACGAACUCGCUCAUUGAAGAUCUCCCAAGAAAUACGGUAUUCUAGCCCGUACCUUACGUAUCGACAAUAUAAUCCUUAUCAGAACGGAGUUGCUGGACUCUAG